AUGCUACGCAGCCAUCCUGGGCCUCUCUUCGACCAGCAGUUUGCGACUUGCGUCUUGCUGAUCAUUGCACGCGAUUGUGCCAGCUCCGUGACGCUCGCGGUUCCGAUCACGUCCAACUUCAACCCGAGCCCUCGCAGUCCCAAGACGCAGGAGCAGCUCAGCCAAGUCGACUUGCCGAUGCUGCGUGCCAUCGGCUCACAGGGGCAGUAG